AUGAAGUUCACAGACUCGCCGGUGAUCGAACUUCGGGUGAACGACGCCGUUCUGUCCCUGCAGCAAGACAACGGGUCCAUGCACGUGGGAACCUCCGUGUGGCCCUGCUCCCUCGUCCUCGUCAAAUUCGCGGAGCGCUGGGCCCCACCAACGGACAACAACCCCUACGCCCGCGUCCUGGACUUCGGAGGCAAACGGGCCGUGGAACUGGGCACGGGCUGCGGCGUGGCGGGCAUGGGCCUGUUCCUAUUGGGCCUAACGGACUUGGUCCUCACUGAUGUCGCGCCCGUGAUGCCGGCCCUGAAGCGCAACCUGAAGGUGAACAAGCGCAUCCUCCGCAAGACCCUGAAACACUCCGUCCUCUACUGGAACAACUCGCAGCAGAUCGCUGCCCUCAACCCUCCUUUCGACUUCGUCGUCGCAACCGACGUCGUUUACAUUCGCGAGACCGUGCCGUCUUUGGUUUCCGCCAUGGAAACCCUCGUCUCCGACGACGGCGUCGUUUUGCUCGGGUACCAGCUUAGGGCACCCGAAGCGCAUGAGCUUUUCUGGGAACUGUGCGACAAAACCUUCCACAUCGAGAAAGUCCCGCACGAGCAUCUGCAUCCCGAUUAUGCUUACGAGGAGACCGAUGUUUUUCUGUUGAGGAAGAAAAACAAGAAACAGUGA